CUAAGCACUGCUGAGACGACGGCUCAAUCCCUAAACGCCCGGAUGAAAGCAGCAGGCGACAUUCAGGGCAACAUGGUCGCAUGAGUCCGCCAAGCCGAAGGCAACCAACCAUUCCGGUGGGGGACGACGGCCACUGCUGGAAUCUGUGACAUAUUCGACGCAGCCCACGGAAAACGGUUCUGGGAAAAUACAAGCAGAGAUAGAGGCGUGGAGGCGGAGAGGAACACGGCGCAUUUCCCCCCUUGUGGUGUCCUAUUUCGUUGAUUGGACCUUUGCGAGCUGGAUCUGCCUGAUGACAGACAUGGACACCUCACCAAGAAUAGUGAAGGAUCGUGCAGACAGGCUGUCUCAUACUAAGCUAUGGAAUGCUCCCUGCACCCUCCAUCAUUAGUCUCCAAUCUUUGGACUGAACUCCAAACACUUAGUUAGCGGCUGUGCUUCUCCCCUCGAACUCUUUAAAACCAGGGGAAGAAGAAAAGGAGCGGACUUGAAAGGUCCUCCGCUAAAAACGCACAGAGCACUUCUUUUAUUUUUAGCAUAUUUAAGCUAGAUUGUGUUUCCCUGCUUGGAUUUGUGUCUGCUGAAAACACAUCAAGAUGGAUCUGGAGCCAUAUCUGUGGAUGGUGAUUAUUGGCUUCAUCAUUGCCUUCAUACUGGCCUUCUCAGUGGGAGCCAAUGAUGUGGCCAACUCUUUUGGCACAGCGGUGGGGUCUGGAGUGGUCACGCUGAGGCAGGCCUGCAUCCUAGCAUCCAUCUUUGAGACGCUGGGCUCCAUGCUGCUGGGGGCCAAAGUAGGAGAAACGAUUCGAAAGGGCAUCAUAGAUGUCAGUCUGUAUAACGAAACGGUGCCCGUCCUCAUGGCUGGAGAGGUCAGCGCCAUGGUUGGAUCAGCAGUCUGGCAGCUAAUCGCCUCCUUCCUCAAACUGCCUGUCUCUGGGACUCACUGCAUUGUUGGCGCCACCAUCGGCUUCUCCAUGGUGGCCAUCGGCACCAAGGGCGUCCAGUGGAUGCAGCUUGUCAAGAUCGUGGCAUCCUGGUUCAUCUCCCCCCUGCUCUCUGGACUCAUGUCUGGACUCCUUUUCAUGCUGAUCAGACACUUCAUCCUCAACAAGGAUGACUCUGUCCCUAAUGGCCUGCGAGCUCUGCCCCUCUUCUACGCCUCCACCAUCGGGAUCAACACUUUCUCCAUCUUGUACACUGGAGCCCCAUUGCUCGGGUUAGAGAUGCUACCGGUGUGGGCCAUCUUUCUCAUCACUUUAGCUGAGUCGCUGGUCUGCGCGGCUCUAGUUUGGAUAUUUGUCUGUCCCUGGAUGAGAAGGAAAAUAGCAAGUCGUUUAAAGAAGGAGCAGGCUCUGUCGAGGAUCUCUGAUGAGAGCCUGGAUAAGAUACCUGAAGAGGAGGAGGAGAGCCCCGUCUUCAAGGAGCUACCAGGGGCUAAGGGCACAGAUGAGGCCGUGUUGCCGCUUACUGGCAACAGUGAACGCAGCACCCGUGAGUCCAGUGGAGAGCUAACCAAUCUGGCUAACGGAGGCACGGUCCUUCCAAAUGGCAGGGUCUAUGGCCGGACUCAUUCGAUGACGAAUGGCUGCCUCAAGUCCCCCGUCUCUAAUGGCAGUUUCAGCUUUGAUGGCCACAUGCGCAGUGAUGGUCAAGUCUACCACACUGUGCACAAGGACUCUGGUCUUUACAAAGACCUGCUGCACAAGAUCCACCUGGGCCGCAUGGAUGACAACGAGCGAUCAGGGUCCAACGCCGGCCCACCUGAGAACAACUACCGCCUGCUGCGCCGCAACAACAGCUACACCUGCUACACCGCAGCCAUAUGCGGAAUGCCCGUCCAGCCGCUCAUCCGCACAGAGUCACGUGACGACAGUGAAAAGCUGGUGGGAGAGGGAGGUGGCAGGAGCAACAGUGUGUCCUACACCAAGAAGAGGAUACGUUAUGAUAGCUACUCAUCUUACUGUAAUGCUGUGGCUGAGGCAGAGAUCGAGGCAGAGGAGGGUGGGGUGGAGAUGAAGCUGGCCACAGAGCUGGAGGGUGUGGAGGAAGAGGGAGCUCCGGCUCCUGGGCCUCUGGAUGAGCUGGUCGAAGAGGAUCAUGAGGAGAAGGAUAAGUCCGAGGUGUUCCUGCUUUUCCACUUCCUGCAGAUCCUCACUGCGUGCUUCGGGUCCUUUGCCCAUGGAGGAAACGAUGUCAGUAAUGCCAUCGGCCCACUGGUGGCGCUGUGGAUGAUCUACGACCAGGGUGGUGUCAUGCAGGAUGCUGCCACUCCCAUCUGGCUGCUAUUUUAUGGCGGCAUGGGCAUCUGUGCCGGUCUGUGGGUGUGGGGCCGUCGUGUCAUCCAGACCAUGGGGAAGGACCUAACUCCCAUCACCCCCUCAAGUGGAUUCACUAUUGAACUGGCCUCUGCUCUCACUGUCGUGCUUGCUUCCAAUAUCGGCAUCCCUGUCAGUACCACACACUGCAAGGUGGGCUCGGUCGUAGCCGUGGGUUGGAUCCGCUCCCAGAAAGCAGUGGACUGGCGCCUCUUCAGGAACAUCUUCCUGGCCUGGUUCGUCACAGUACCCGUGGCCGGCCUGUUCAGCGCCGCCAUCAUGGCCCUGUUCGUCUACGGCAUCCUGCCCUUCGUGUGAGGGCGUUCGGCCGGGAGAAAGAACAGAGGAGGAAGAGCGAGUCAGAGAGGGAAGCUUGGGUAAAAAAAAAAUCAUAGCUCGAGUGUCGAGGGUGCAGAAACAGGAGGAGGAGAAGAAGAGAGGGAGGGAGCUGCAGAGGUUUACAGAUGGACUUGGUUGUACUGAGGAUGUGAGGAGGGUUGGUUCAUAUGCUGCCUGGCUCCGUAGUCCAGAGAUCUUUUUGACUCAUUUGAGUUUCUGAUCGUUUUUAUUUAUUCUUUUUUGGGUGCAUAAGAAGGUGUGUAACCAGCGUGUUCACCGUAUCAUUCAUUCUGCUGUACAUAUGACUAUAAUAGGGAGAUUCCAGCAACUUCUAACAAGAAUAACAGUUUACUGAGAAGCAGUGGCAGCCAGUUUAUUAUAAAACAUCAGCGAGUUUGAAAAAAAAAAAAAAUCAAAUAGCACAGGUCUAAAAACGAUCCAAUCCUGCACAACAAAACUGACAAACAUGGCUGCAGCUAUUCUCCAUCAUCCUGCCCUCAAUUUCAGCAGCAUCGCUGGGCAAGUGCUCAUGAUUAUAGUAACAAAAUUCCAGAAAAUAAUCCUGUACAUAUUGUUAUAUUGGACUGAGUGUGAUCUGUUGUAUUGGGGCUUGCUUUAAAGUUUAAAAAAAAGAAGAAAAGAUGUGCGUGUGGUCAACCAACCCAUCCAUCAUCUCUCUUUGAAACAUGCUAGCCAGGUACAACUAGGGCCAAACAGAAAGGACGCCUCAGAGAAAGGGGUGGUAGGACAGUCACUCUGCUUUUUUUAUUCUCCAUAUGAUACCAUAGAAACCUGAUUUAAAAAGAGUUGAUUUUUGUCAAGAGCUCCUGUAUGUUUUUAGAGAUGGAUCUCAUAUUUUUUAAUGAUGUAUUAUACUGUAAUUUGUACUGUAAAUAUUGUCCUUACAGAGUUUUGGGGAUGGGAAAAGGGGAGGAUAAUGGUUUGUCUUUAAUGUUGUAAAUGUUGGGGGGGUUCCCUCACCUCUUCAUGAUGUCAUAUUAUAGAGUAUUUUUUCAUCCCAGAGCUCAUACACACUUUAAAAGCUGCUGACUUUGCAAACUUAAAGUAAUGAUUGAAAACAGUAGAUACUCCGUCCCUUCUGAUUUGUUGAAUCAGUAAAGUUUUGAUAGAAAGUUAUCUUUUGCUAACCGUUUCCUCCUGGAGAAUAAUUUUAAGUGGCUUUCUGAUAUAAAUAUGCAAAGGAGGGGCCUCAUUAAAGUAGAAUUAGAUGCAGCCGAAACCAAAAUAUGAAUAAUUUUUUUUAAAUCACACAAAAACAGAGUGAUAAGAUCCCAGAAAACAUAUCUCCAUCCGUAUGCCUUUGUUUUCAUACAUCAAGCUCAGUUACAGGAGUUGUUUCCUUAUAUCAAGGCUCCUUGCCAAUGAUUGACCUCUACACUGUCCGUGCUCAUGUUAUUUCAUAUCUCACACCCACGUUUAAGUCCAGAGUUUGUCUGUUUCCUAACCAGAGUCUGUAUAAAAAGAUGGAUAAUACAACACCUCCCUGAGAGUGAAGCCAAAAGAUGUAGUGCUCUCUCUACUGACUGACUGCUGUAUGGAUCAUGAACCCCAUCUCCUCCAUGUUAUCAGAUAGGUCUUGAUGGAACUUUAAACUUAUAAUACAAGCUGAAUAAGCGCUUUAUAAAAGUGGUUUCUGCCGUGAUAACUAGAUAUUGUAAUGGAUAUUUGCGUUCAAAAUCUGCCUGAAGAUUUAGAGCUUCACCUACUGAUCGGCAGCAGUAUCAGUCAUAAACCCCUUUAUAACACAUAAAACAUGUUAAACUUUUAAAGUAAAAAUAGAUUUUUCUCAAUCCCAGAUUAACUAAAGGGCUAGAUAUUGUACUGGCUUGUGUUAAAAUUGUCUUUUAUCCAGGAAGUUUCAUUUUUAAGUAAUUUGAUGGUAUAAAAAGCAGUAUAACACAAUGGAAAACACUUCUUGCAGCAUUGUGUGCACCAGAUAAGCAGAGCAGAAGCAAAACCAUGUAAGAAAAUGUGACCAUCAAACUUCUAUAAGUGUAUCUGCUCUAAACCAAGCACAAACCUCCAUCCAUCCAUUUUCUAUUCCGCUUAUCCCGUUCGGGGUCGCGGGGGGCUGGAGUCUAUCCCAGCUGUCAUUGGGCAAGAAGCGGGGUACACAGUCGCCAGUCAAUCGCAGGGCUGACAU